AUGGCGACACAGUUUAACGAACACCAAAGGCUGGAACAAUCUCCGCCAAUCAGCCCCGACUGCUUUGAUAUGCAAUCCGGAAUACCCCUAAAUCUUAUUAUCCAGGGGCAGAGCUGUCUCCGAGGGCUCUACUCUACGGCUGACUAUUCUGAAGAAGAUAUCAACAACGUUUUCUCUGUCUUUCGGAAUGCAAUGGACUGUUUGGUCCCAGAUGGCGAAGAGAUACCAUUGGCGCCUAGCAUCCGACAGCGGCUCAUGCCACAGGAGAUGGAGCAGACGAUUGGCGGAGUAAUUAAUGAUGACCUUGUGACGUUAUUCGAAAACGUCGUGGCAAGGCAGCCCGAUACAAUAGCUGUUACUUGUGGCCGUGGGCAAGACAUCUCUUAUGAUGACUUCGACGAAGCAGCAUCCGCUAUCGCACAAGAACUUAGCUGGGUUCAACUUAAUGAAACGGUGUGCGUAUACGCAGAUCGAUCAGUAAACUAG